UUGCCAACCGAAGAGAUAUAAGACGACUCCGCGCUGACUCCACGUUCAUGGACAUUGUAGUAGAGAGCACUCACAACAGCAUCGGCAUUGACUUUGACCAUGAAGAUAAACUUCUGUUCUGGACAGAUGGUGCCGAAGAUACCAUCAAGAAAGCCACUAUCAAGGAUAGCAAGGACACACUCACUAUAGAUUCACCUACAAAUAUUGUCAAGGAGCACGAGGAAGUAUUCUCGUCAGAAGGGGUUGCAGCAGACUGGCUCUUUAAGCGUAUCUACUGGACAGAGUUCAAGUCUGAUAGAAUCAUGGUGGUUGACUACGAUGGGAAAAACAAACACAUUGUGAUUCAGGACAACUUGAGUGAUCCCAGAGCCAUUGCUGUUGAUCCAGAAUAUGGAAACAUGUACUGGACCGAUUGGAGCACUAAUGCCAGGAUUGAGAUGUGUGGCAUGAAUGGUGUGUGUCCUGACCGCGCUAGCACUGCCCUCACCAAGGUUGAAAACCACCAGAUGGGCUGGCCAAACGGAAUAACUAUUGAUUACGUGAGCAGGAAGGUCUACUGGAUUGAUUCCAAGCUCCACAAGAUCGGUGUGGCCGACAUGAACCUGAAGAACGCUAGGUUUAUGUUUGAAGACGCCAAGGAAAUUCAGAAGCCAUUUGCCAUCUCUGUAUUUGAGGACUCUGUCUACUGGACAGACUGGAGCACUAACUCGAUCCGCUCCGUACACAAAGUGACUGGCCAGUCCCCUCGCACCCUCAACAUCGGCUCUUACUCUGUGAUGGACAUCAAGGUCUACCACCCUCUCAAGCAGAAUACUACUCAUCUGAAGACAUUCAAGACCCUGUGUGGCCAGUUGUCCUGUGAUGGCAUGUGUUUCCCAACACCCCGCAACACUAGCCAGCCAAUGGCAGUGGAAUGCAUCAAGAGCUGCAAUGAUGUAAACAAGACUCUGGCCAAGGAUUGCACCCAUGUGACCGCUGCCCCCGUGCCCCCCACCACGCCCCCCACUGCAAAACCGACAGUGGUGUCAACAACCCAGAAGCCAGGCUACUCUAUCAUAACCACCACCCAGGCACCUAAGAAUGAAUCAACAGAGUCGGCUAGUGGAAGUGGGGAUCAGUCAGCGCAGUCAAUGGGCCGCAUUACGAUCAUAGUUGCCGCUAUAGUGGCUUCACUGAUUAUUGUAGCUUUUCUUGUUGGCUUCGUGGUAUUCCGACGCUAUAAGGCAAACAACAAGAAGACCUUGAACUUUGACAACCCUGUAUAUAGAAGAACCACCUUAAACAAAGACGAAUCUUGUCAUAUAACACGAGAACCUGAGAUGGAAACACUCGCAGACCAUGAGGCAGUUUGAUUUGAUAGCAUUUAGAAACUGAACAAAUCUACGGUCCAUUGCUCAUUUAGUCGACACAUUCUUCAAGAUACUCCCAAAGAGACAGUCUAGAAACACCUCCAGCUAGAACAAUAACUUUGGUGGUCAUGUAGUUAUUGUGCUUGUGUUUUAUUUUCCAAUUCAUUGGGAGAUAAUGUUGUGAUAAUAUGAAGUCGGCCUAUUUCCACUUCACAAAAGUUCCAAACUGUGUAGAUUUCGGUUCAGUGGCCGACAAUAGCCAUCACACUGUUGUGUGAUGUCGCGAAAAGGACAAAAGACUAAUCACUGUGACCCUCAUUGAAGCUCUGGGUCAUUGUGAUGAUAGAUGACAUGAUGGACCCAUGUGUCUGUAUGAAUAUACAAGGACUUGGGAGGUUUGUGGUUAGAACUGGACAUCGCACAUUGCCUGGACAAUUUGCGGAUAAGUGUAGGCUGUUAUUGUUGUGUUAGAUGAACAUUCCUGUGGAGUUUCGUUUUCUCGUGCCAAGCAACUUGCAAAUAUUUGAAUCCAUGUGAUAGUCUCAUCGGCUCACCAUUCUUAUUUAUAUAGUGGUUCUGAUAUUGAAACCGUAAAGAUUUGCUCUAGACUUCUACUGACAAUACUGUUGUUUCUGUGUGCAAUCAUGUUAUUUUCUGUUUGUUUGCUUUAUAGAAGAAACAGAAAUCAGUUAAAAUGCACAUAAUCAGACAUUGCGCAAAGUUUUAGCAAGGUCUUUAUCACAAUACCGGUAUUAUUAAAUAUGUGCUGCUUGUGUUUGUGUAAUUUAUCAUAUGUAUUGUUAAACGAAAUGGUGAUAAUUAACUGCCAUUCCGUGUUGUUAUUCCCAAUUUGGGAACUUUGUGUGAGUGUUACCCAAAUGAAUGUUUGAAAAACAUCCUUGUUCUCAUAGUAUGGCUUUGUAGUUCAAAAAAGUAGCAGACUUAUGCCUAUGUUUUCUUGAAGUGAAAUUGACAACACCAGGUUGAAGUAAUUGCAAUGGGAUAUUGGUGCUUAUCACAUACAUAGCUUGGUCAUAGAAUUUAUUUAUAAUGUGUAGUAAGUGAUGGCUGUUGUGUGUUGCACUUAAGCAUAAUGCUGCCUGGAUCGUCUAAAAAUGUAUCUUCAUUUAUGUUGAUAAUUAUCAUUUGUUAUUUUGUUCGAGUCAUAAGAUAAUGGCCAUUUUCCAUGUAAAAACCCAAUCAAAUUGUUAUGAUUACAUGUAACUUGUUUACAAUAGGUCAAUUAUUAUACUUUGUAUUUGUCUUCAGUUUCUGAUGUAUGUUUGUCAGCUAUAAUUGAUUUUGUAAUUGACUACAUUCUACUUAUACUUGCUAUACUUAUAGAACUAUCAAUUGCUUGGUUGUGAAGUAAUAUUUCAUAAUGUAUCACAUAUUGAUAGUACUUUGUAUGAUGAUCUAUAUCAUUAACAUUUUGUUUCUGACAGCUGUGUUUAAAGGUCUGCAUAUAUUCACUCGCGUAUUAAUUAUAAUUUAUAUCUACAGCUUACCUAAGUCGAAUAGUUAUAAAAAUAUCAGAGAAUCUCUCUUUAUUAUACGUUGAAGAUUUAUUUUGUUUUCAUUACUUUUGUAUUUUUGUUACUUUACUCGCUAUCUUGUUUUUGUACAUAGUCUGUAAAUAGUGUACAUAAAAUGUCUUGUUACCAAAUCGACUACAAGUCUUCGUUUGUUUGAAAGCGCUAGAAAAUUUGACUGAAAGUUAUAUAUGCCGUGAAAAAGUGUACAUAGAUAUGGUGCAUAUAUGUAGAUAUGAAAAUAGUGCUUGGGAGUUUGCUGAUGUUAAUCAACUUGUCACAAGCCUAAAGGUCACAAAAUAAUAAUAAUAAAACGAUGGGCCUAAAAUAAAGUAAAUUCAGCUUCAACAUGUGGAUUAUAUUGUUAAAUCUGUUUUACUUUACUAAAGUCCAUUUUUGUGAUGUACAAGCUCACAGUGAUACUUUGGUCAUCGUCAGCAAAUAAAUUAUUUAUUGUUUUUAAAUGUGUAAGUGCGAAUGUUAUUAAAUGUCUAUGUGUUUUGAAAAUCAGUGCUACUUUUAAUAUGACCAUACAAUUAAAAUUGAACAAUGA